CAGUCUGCGAUCAGAUCAACAACUUCAACAUCCCGGUGCGCCCUCCAACACACUCCCUUAAUCUAGACAUCCACGCAAGCAACCUCCCGAGACCACAUCCCACAGUCUACAGAGACCUCUUUGCACUCGCCAACGUCCUCCAAAAUUCCAUCCCCCAUAUCGGCGCAUUCUACCAGCAAAUAAAUCGCCUUCACCAUGGAUUACGACCCAAUGGCAAUGGACACGGAGGCCGAGGGGCCCUCCGUAAAGAUCUCAGAUGUAAGUAUCAUAUGAGCAAAAUCCCACAUCUGGGCAGCUCAACUCACACGCACCAUAACAGGCCAGCGCGCACCACGUCAACUUCGAGCUCUCCAGCGUAGACCUCGCCUUCGCCAACACGAUCCGUCGCGUCAUCAUGGCCGAAGUGCCAACCAUGGCCAUCGAUCUGGUCGAGGUGGAAGCCAACACGUCCGUCCUGGCCGACGAAUUCAUCUCGCAUCGCCUCGGGCUGAUCCCGCUGAACUCGAAGAACGUGGAUGAUGUCGCCUACUCGAGAGAUUGCGAUCAGUGCGAUAAUUACUGUGAGCAGUGUAGUGUGACGUUGACGCUUCAUGCGCGGUGUACGGGGGAUGAGAUCAUGAAGGUUUAUGCAAGGGAUCUGGUGGUGGAUUCGCAGAGACCGAAUAAUUGGGUGGGCAACCCGGUGAUUACGGAUCCGGAUGGGUUGGGGACGGUGAUUGCGAAGUUGAGAAAGGGUCAGGAGUUGAGAUUGAAAUGUAUUGCGAAAAAGGGCAUUGCAAAGGAGCAUGCGAAGUGGGCGCCUGUAUCGGCGGUGGGCUUCGAGUAUGACCCUCAUAACAAGUUAAAGCAUAUCGACCUUUGGUUUGAGAAGGAUGCGGCAGAGGAAUGGUAGGUUCUAGUACUCUGCUAGUACACAUUGGUUUUGCUAACACUAUGCCAGGCCACCAAGUAAAUACGCCUCCUGGGAGGACCCCCCACAAGAAGGCGAAGCAUUCGACUACGACGCAGUCCCCGAGAAAUUCUACUUCGAAGUCGAGAGCGUCGGAAACCUCGACCCGGACGCCAUCAUUCAACAAGGAAUCAAGGUCGUGCAAGAGAAGCUCGCAGCAGUCAUCAAGGACUUGACAGAUGGUGGAAGUGGCGGAGCAGCCGCCGACUUCGACGGCCCACGAAGUCCGGAUAUGAACAUGAACGGUGGAGCUGCUGCCUCGGGCUGGGACCAGGGAUAUACCACGCCCUUUGGGACUGCAGCGGCGGGAGGUAGCAGUGGAUGGGGACAGACGGGUGCUGCGACUCCGUAUGGAGCUACGCCGUAUGGACAGAAUGGGUCUAAUGGCUGGAAUUAAGAUGGGGGAACGUUGAGAAUGGAGAUAUUAUAUUGGCCGAUAUUUGACGAGGCAGGAGGAGAAAAGGGAGUGGAGUGGUUCCGAUAUUCAAGGAUGAAGCAAAAAAAUACUUGAUAAGAAGUACACCCUCCCUUCCUCAGCAACAACUAAAUGCCCAAAGAAAAAAAAGAGUAAUCUGCAUGUAAUUGUACCCGCAUAAUGGACGAGGGAGAGGGGGGUUCAACUAACUAACUCAUGACAUGCAUGGCGUUGGUGGACGUACGAAAAAGCUCUUUUUUGGUGUGUGUCAUGGGAAAUUGACAGGCUACAGUAUGUAGAGGAUGUGCAUUCAUGAGUACGUAGGUAUAGACAGAGAGCCGAAAUGAAAAAAUGAAAAUUCAUUUAUUA